CUGGGGCGCGGGGUACAGAGGAGCCUGUGGCGGGAGAAGACCCCCCCUCCUGCACCCGUCUAGCCAGCAGGCCCCCCCAUCUCUGCUGAUCUGCUUUCCGGCACCCCCAUCCUACUGCAGCAGCUUCGGCCCUGGCCUAGUUCCUCCGGAGGAGGGGAAGGGGGGACCUCUAGCCCCACCAGUCCAGGCAGAGAAGGGGCCUCACUCAUCUGGCUGGGCUCAGGCCUGGGAGAGGGGCAGCCAUCGGAGCAGACAGACUUGUGGGAGGGAAUGAUCGGGAGCCUGGGUCAGGGAGCCUCUGGGAGCUGGAAGGAGGUGGUUUAAGGACAGCCCUAUUUUCCAAGGCCUUGGGAGGAGAUUUCUGGAACACUUCCUUCCCACCCCCACUCCCAUCCCUGCAGAUGGGAACAGCUAAAGGAAGGCUUCCCGAAGCCCCCCAGGAAGCCACAGAGCCUUCGGUUUCUCUAGCAGAACAGAUUUUUCUAUCACCUAGGAGGGAAGGAGGCAGAAGGGACAUUGUCCCCAUUUUACAGACAUGUCAUUCCGCAAAGUGGUCAGACAGAGCAAGUUCCGGCAUGUCUUUGGGCAGCCAGUCAAGAAUGACCAGUGCUAUGAAGACAUCCGGGUGUCCCGUGUCACCUGGGACAGCACCUUCUGUGCAGUGAACCCCAAAUUCCUGGCCAUCAUCGUGGAGGCCAGCGGCGGGGGGGCCUUCAUGGUGCUGCCCCUGAGCAAGACAGGGCGAAUUGACAAGUCAUAUCCCACGGUAUGUGGGCACACUGGACCCGUCCUCGACAUCGACUGGUGUCCACACAAUGAUGAGGUCAUCGCCAGUGGCUCUGAGGACUGCACAGUCAUGGUCUGGCAGAUCCCGGAGAAUGGCCUGGUGGCGCCCCUGACAGAACCCGUGGUUGUCCUAGAAGGCCACUCCAAGAGAGUGGGCAUUGUGACCUGGCAUCCGACAGCCCGGAACGUUCUCCUCAGUGCAGGCUGUGACAACGUGGUGCUCAUCUGGAACGUGGGCACGGCGGAGGAGCUGUACCGUCUGGAUGACCUGCACCCCGACCUCAUCUACAACAUCUCUUGGAACCGCAACGGAAGCCUCUUCUGCUCUGCUUGCAAAGACAAGAGCGUGCGCGUCAUUGACCCUCGCCGAGGCACCCUGGUGGUGGAACGAGAGAAGGCCCAUGAGGGAGCCCGGCCCAUGAGGGCCAUUUUUCUGGCCAAUGGCAAGGUGUUUACCACAGGCUUCAGCCGGAUGAGUGAGCGGCAGCUGGCUCUCUGGGACCCGGAGAACCUAGAGGAGCCCAUGGCUCUGCAGGAGCUAGACUCAAGCAAUGGGGCCCUGCUUCCCUUCUAUGAUCCUGAUACCAACGUCAUCUACGUCUGUGGCAAGGGGGACUCAAGCAUCCGCUACUUUGAGAUCACAGCCGAGCCCCCCUAUAUCCACUUCCUGAACACCUUUACCAGCAAGGAGCCUCAGCGGGGCAUGGGGCGCAUGCCCAAGAGAGGCCUGGACGUGAGCAAGUGUGAGAUUGCUAGAUUCUACAAGCUCCAUGAACGGAAAUGUGAACCCAUCAUCAUGACUGUGCCUAGGAAGUCAGACCUGUUUCAGGAUGACCUGUACCCAGACACAGCAGGGCCCGAGGCCGCCCUCGAAGCUGAAGAGUGGGUGAGUGGGCGGGACGCUGAGCCCCUCCUCAUCUCCCUUCGGGAAGCCUACGUGCCCAGCAAGCAGAGGGACCUCAAGGUCAGCCGAAAAAACGUCCUGCAUGACAGCCGGGCGGCCUCAGCUCCCGCACCCACCCGGGCUGGGGUUUCCACACCUGCCUCCACCCCCACGCCAGUCAGUGCUCCAAGCAGCACCACCAGCAGCAGCAGCAGCAGCAGCCUUGCCGGGGCUGGGGACUCUGGGAAGUUGGAAGAGGUGACCCGUGAGUUACGACUGCUUCGGACCCUGGUGAAGGAACAGGGUGAGCGCAUUGCCCGCCUCGAAGAACAGCUGGGCCGCAUGGAGAAUGGGGACGUGUAGUGUCCAGCCCCUGCCCGCCGGGCCGGACCGAGCCGUCCCCUGCGCCAGAUUCUGCCGCUAACUCGGCGUCAAAGCCCCUUCCCUGGCCAGGGAGCAGGAAGCUCCGGCCUGGGCCACUUUUAUACUUGUUACCAAGAAUGAUUGUUUUUUUUAUAUACUAGGCAAGGGCUUCCCACACCUCCAAGGGACCAUCUAUCCCUCUCCCACAGGCCCCCCCAGCCCACACUCCCAGGCUCCCCCAGACCCAGCUCCCCUGGUGGAAGUUGUGGGCCUGACUCUAUAUUUUCAUUCUAAAUAAAAACCUCUUUCUAAGAA